AUGGCCCUGCAAGCAAACUCCACAGAAAACGGUGAAAUAACUUCUGCCACGGAGGAAAAGGUUGCUCUAAAAAAGACAAUCGGAUACUUUAGUGGAGUUAACUUUAUAAUUGGUGUCAUUCUAGGGUCUGGGAUUUUUGUUUCUCCUGGCGGAGUUUUGCUAUAUUCCAGGUUAAAUGUUGGUGUAGCAUUAAUGAUUUGGGCAGCAUGUGGAGUUUUGUCAAUGCUGGGAGCGCUGUGUUAUGCGGAGUUGGGAACGACUUUUCCCUCAUGCGGAGGGGAAUAUUAUUACAUCAAAAAAGGCCUAGGCUCUAUACCUGCUUUUAUUUUCUUGUGGACUGGUGUUUUGUUUACUGGACCAGCUGUCACGACUGUUAAUGCUUUAAUGUUCGCCGAAUAUGCCGUUCAACCCUUUUUCCCGGGAUGCCCUGCACCUGAAUUGAUCAAAAAGGCUGCUGCUAUUGCUAUCAUUGUAAUAGUAGGAAUUAUUAACUGUCUGAACACAAAAUGGAUUGUUACAAUCCAAAACGUUUUCACUGUGUUUAAGAUGACUGUCCUCGCUGCCAUAGUUAUCAGUGGCAUUGUUCACCUGGCAUUGGGAAAUACCCAGAAUCUGAAUAAGGCAUUUGAUGGUGAUAUUCCAGGCGUGCAGCAAAUUGGAGAAGCGUUCUACCAGGGGAUGUUUGCAUAUGGUGGAUGGAAUGUUCUGAAUUACGUCAUUGAGUUCCUUGACAUCAGCACUGAAUAACCCCACACAGGAGCGUAGCAAGAAGCCACAAGGCCCCAAUGAAAAAUUUCCUUGGUCCCCUCAACUUUGUGUUGUCCAUAGCUGACAAGAGAUGGGGAAAUGUUACAGAAACAACAAUAAAGGAGAGAGAUCGGUAGAAAGGGGAGAGUUAAUGAGAAAGAAGAGAGAUGGG